AUGGAGGGCGAUGAGGUUAUCGGCGCACCAAAGCAUCCCGACUGGCUGCAAAUGGUGCGCAUCAAGGAAGGGGAGGUUCCCCAUGUGAUCGCCUAUGUUUCAACUAGGCUCUCCCGCUAUUGUCCCACUAUGCGUCACGACAUCGUCAACCAUCGCAACAUCCUUGUCCUCUCCCUCUUUAGUGGGGGUGAGGUUCUUAACUUAAUGAACGUCUACUCCGACAAUCAACACACAGCCAUUGAGCACCUCGCUGCUCGUGUGCGUUCUUUACCACCUUUCAUUUAUAUGGCUGGUGACUUCAACUGCGUGUCGACGACUUGGGAUGACUAUGAGCAUGGCGAGUCAUUGACGGCAAUAUCAUUGUGGGAUACCACAUCUCAGAUCGGCCUCGAAUUGGAGCACGAUCUCCAGGCCCCGGCAACCAAGGAAGGCAUUGAAGCUUUAGCCAAUGCUAUCGCAACAGCGUUCUCAGACAUGUGGCCUGCCCAUUCGACCGAGUCCAAACCUACCAAGUGCUCCAAGUCCUGGUGGACAGAUGAGUGCUCGGAGACAUUCGGAGUAUAUCAGUUGAGCCGCUCGCUCGCUGAUUACAGCAAGUUCAAGAAGGUGUGUAAGGACACCAAAUGUGGUUUCUUUGAUGAACAUAUCGCGGAAAUCGCUACUUCUUGCAAGCGCCUGUGGGACCUGAUGGAGUGGGUCAAACAGCGCAAGCUACCACCAUGUGAGGCUAUUCGCAAUGGCGACCGGCCUUGCCAUGAUAUGGACGACCUAUGGGACGCCCUUCACGGCACGUACAACUCGGCCUCUGGUUGCGAGUACGACGCCUCAGUCUUAGACGAACUUCCCGACGAGCCAGUCCGUGAGUGGGCUGACUUCUCGGAGCAUGAGUUGUUGAGUGCCCUCAAGGGGUGUUCCAACUCCUCUGCGCCAGGACCGGACCAUGUUACAUGGGUCCACCUAAAGGAGCUGCUCAAGGAUAAACACGUCCUUGCGCUCUUCAUCGUGUUGGCCAACGCUUGCCUUCGGGUGGGUCAUUGGCCUUGUAUAUUCAAGGAGUCGCUGUCGGUUAUCAUACCGAAGCCGAAUAAGCCCUCCUAUGCUGUACCGAAGGCCUUCAGGCCGAUCGUACUCCUCAUCACUUUCGGUAAACUUAUCGAAAAGAUGAUUGCCAAUAGGAUACAGUUUGACGCUGUCAAGCAUGAUAUCUUCCAUCCUAACCAACUUGGCGGCAUUCGCCAGAGGUCAACUGAGGAUGCUGGAUUGAUUCUGACCCAUCUCGUGCGAGCGGGGUGGGUUAAGGGUCUCCAGACUAGCGUGCUGGCUUUCGACAUCGCGCAGUUCUUCCCUUCUAUCAACCAUGAGAUGUUCAUGGCUGUUCUUCGCAAGCAAGGGUUCUUGCCAGUUCUGGUGGAGUUCUUUGCCUCCUAUCUCGUUGGCCGUUCCACAGUUUACUGCUGGAACACCUUCCAAUCCGACCUGCGCUCUGCGGACGUGGGUGUCGGGCAGGGCUCAGCUCUCUCGCCUGUUAUUUCUGGGCUGUUCAUUGCUCCGGUAAUGAAGCUCUUCUAUAUCAAAGCAGUGCCGCUCAACACGACACUGCUGUCCUUUGUGGAUGACAGGACCAUCCUGGCUCAAUCCAAACAACUCGAUGAUAAUAAUGUGGGCCUGUGUAAGGCCUACAAGAUUAUUUACCUUCUAUUUGUUGCUUUCACACUCGUCCUUGAACACAACAAGACUGAGCUGUUCCACUUUUCGCAUCGACAAGACACCUACAAUCCCUCGCUGGAUCUGGGGUAUGCCCCACAUACCGGCGUUACACCUUUGAAGCCCAAGACCUUUUGGAGGUACCUGGGCUUCUACUUUGACCGUGGGCUCACAUUUCAUGAGCACGUCCGCUACUAUGCCACUAAGGCGUUCACCACCGUGCAGGCCAUGCGCAUGCUUGGGAACUCCACUAGAGGUCUCUCGCCUAAACAGCGCCGCCUCUUGUAUCGGUCGUGUGUGGUUCCUAUUGCCACAUACGGCUAUCGUCUCUGGUAUUUCGACAGCGCCCAUAACAAGGGUGCGAGGAACCAGCUUAAGCGGAUGCAGCGAAAAGCUGCUCUUUGGAUCACAGGUGCAUUCCGCACCUCCCCCACAGGCGGUCUUGAGGCCUUGGCAGGUCUCAUCCCUGUCCAUCUUAUGCUGAAGAAGCUGGCAACACGUGCAGUGUACCGCGUCACCACCCUCUCGGACACCCAUCCCCUUCACUCCAUGAUGGGUGAGGGACUCCUUAAGCGAGCCACACCACAUGCUCACUCAGCCACCUUGAUGACCCCAGCCAUGCAGGGGAAAGUCAAGAGCACCGUCAUGGAGGUGGACGAGCGUGUCCACACCUUAACUGAGAGCUUCGAGCCCUUUGCGCCUGAAGCUCGCCCAGGUGAUCGGUUACUGGACCACUAUGCAGACCGUCUCCAUUUUGACGAGCAUGAUCCUGCCCAGGAUAGCUCUGUCCCUCAGUCCAACCAGUAUCAGGCGGCUUCAGCAGCCAUCAUCUACAAGGGACAUCGCGAGCUCGAAAGGACUUGUUAUGUCUCUGGCAGAGUUACUGCCCCAGAUGCGGAACUCAAUGCCAUCUUGUGCGCAGUGCGCCUUGCUGUCAAGCAGGCAAACUGCCAACAUAUUAUGGUCUUUACUGACUCUAUGGGCUCGGCCCAUAGAGCAGUCGACCCUUCCGUGCACUCUGGUCAGGCUUUUAGCCUGUCAGUUUGUUGCGCUCUCCAAGAGUGGUUUGAGGCGGAUGAUCUCCGCCGCAUUACCUUUGUCUAUGUCCCAUCCGCUUUGCAGUGGGAUAUCCAUGGUCCUAAACCCAAGAAGGUUAAAAGCAAAGGCAAGGCCAAAGCUGCCCCCCUGCCUGAGCUUUCUCUGGAGCUACUGCCUCCUCCUCCUGUCACGAAGACCAAUCUGAAGCGCAAGCAGCUGAGCGUACCCCCUAUCGACCUCUCUGGUUCGGAGUACAUCCUGGAAGAGUCGCCUGUCAAGAAAAAGGUCAAGGCCUCGCAUCCUACUAAGUCCCUUUCUACCGCGAAACUGGCUUCUAAGCCCAAACCUGGCAAGUCUGCCCCAGCCACAAAAGCUGGGUCUUCCAAAGCACCUGGUUGUGGUUCUCGUCAAAAGUGUUCUCCCAAGGCCACUGCACACGAUAAUGGCCUCCAAGUUCCUGGCCUUUGUCCCCUUAACACGGAAACUCUUCUUAUGGCAGUCGACCUGCCCUCGGAUCUUACCAUGGUUGCUCAUGCAUGCGGCAAUUGCUGGAGCCGCCAAAUCCCUUCAAAGUGCGACUACCAGGGCAACGGGAUUAAUUGUACCCCUUGUGCCAACUGCAAGCUCUCGAUGUGUUCUUGGAGAGCCAGCGCAGAAGACCGCACCAAGGAGGCUGAGGCCUAUGGGCCUGUUCACUGCUUGUCGAUCUCAAAUCUUCAUCAUAAAGUUCAAGAGCAUGAGGCCUGGCUGUGCCAGUCCUACCUCCUUAUCAAUGAGGGUGAAUGGCUGCUGAAGCAGGUCAAGAAAUAUGGUCAAGACAUCAUUGACAUCGUCAAGGCCAUCCUUGAUCAAGAGCCCCCUGGUGCAUUUGGCACGGUCUACCUUGACCGCCCUGAGCUCAAAGAUGCGCUCCAUGCCCGCGUUAGCGAGCUUCUGGCCUUGGACCCCGACCCCUUGCACAACAGCCAGCUCGACCUCCAGACCCUCACUUCCAUGCUGCCUUCCGGUGUCUACAAGCAGGUUCAAGGUGAGGAGGAGGAAGAGGAGGAGGAAGAGAGCAAUGCAAAGUCCUCUUCCUCUAGUGAUGAGGAGUCCUCCAGUGAUGAGGAUUAG